GUGACCUACAAAUGGAUCGGUGACUGCAAGUGCGAAAGUGUUUUGUGUACGAACUGAAGUGAGCCUGAACAGUGACGAGAAUGACUCCUAUAGUAUUUUUGAUGAUGCUGGUGGUGAGCCGAGCGGCGGCCGAGGUGGUGGAGCUGAGCUGCAGUGACAACGCGACGUGUAUCGACGGGCUAGCGAAGGAGUUUGUGAGAAGCAUACGGGAGCAGAAGACAGUGAGACUGUUCGACGUGUUAACCAUAGAGCCGCUGCAGAGGAGACAGGCGAGGAGCAGUCAGGGCUUGCUGUCCCGGUUCUUGUCGGGUCACGCGUUCAGCUUCGACUGGAAUGACUUCCAGUUCAGACUCUCGAGGCCGGAGCAGAGGAGCGACGCGAUGGAGCUCGAGGUCUUCGAGAGCCGAGGAGCGAGAGAUCUAGCGGAGCCGGUCCCCAAGAAGACUGGCACGGUGGGCACAACCAAGGAUGCGGGUGAAGAGGAGAAGCGACCGAAGCGCUUAAAGGGAAACCGACGACAGCGGAAGAAGGUUUUGCAGGCACUCAUCCCCAUGAUGUUCGGAAUGAAAUCCGCUGGCACGGUCAUGUUUGCCAUGGCAGUGGUGACUGCUCUGACUUUGAAGGCAUUCGUUGCCAGCAAACUGGCCCUGAUGGUGACAGUGGGCAUGGCUCUGAAGCGGCUAUAUGAGAGCUAUGGCAAUGGCGUCGGUUUACAGAACCACCCAUACCUUUAUUCGCAAUAUCCGGUCGAUUUUCCGAGCGCCUCAUCGCACGCCUACUCCGUUAGCGGAGUGAGCCCUAACUUCGCAUCACCAGAGAUGUACAAUCCCACCGCUCUGUCCGCGCACCCGCAUGCUCACGAGAUGCUCCAGCAAGGAGACGCUUCAGCGCAGCAAUCGCAGCAGCAGCCCACGCUCCAGCUCGUCAACAACACCAGGGCCACUGAACGAUGGGACGGAUUCCGGCGACGUCCAAUGUUUUAUGGACCAUCGCGCGCUACUUCAGAAUCUUAUUCGGGAUACCAGGAUUACCGCCACUGAGUGCUGAUCACUCCAUGCACGUACCUAUGUACCAGGUACCCAUGCAAAUGCAAAUGCCUCAAAUGUAUCAAGCGAUGCAAAUGCAACAACAGGCGUAGACAAAAUUGGACCAACGGACGUUGACUUAUUGACGGAUCAAGUGGCGUUAAAAUAGGAUCGAAUUUUUGCUAAAUGUCAGAUCGCCACUUUACCUUGAUCCUCUAACUCUUGACUCUUGAAGUGGUGAUCUGACAUUUAGCAAGUGAUAUACGGUCGCAGUGUUUGAAACGGCUGGAUUUGAAUUGUUUCUGUAAUGAUUAAGUUUGAGUCACUCGUUUGCUUUGACGUCCAGGUUGUUUGAAACACUGCCACCAUUUUGAAGAGUUUUCUUAAAGACUGAUUUACUUGUGUGCUUAGAGACUGACUUUGUUUAAGCGCGAGCCCGUCGACUUUAUUUAUUUGUAGAAGUGAAUGUAAUUUAUUGUUUAAUUUAAGGAUGUUGUAAUAAGGAUUAUUUAUUCAGCACUUUGUAAAUUAAAGAAAUUGUGAAC